AUGCCAAAACGCGUUCACAGCGCCAGUGAUCGCGAUGAGAGUGAGUCAACUGGUCCAUCGAAACGAACUCGCAAAGUAGCUGAUUUAGCUGAUAUUUGCCAAGAAUUCUACAAUGAUGUACGAGCUCAUAAAACUGACGAUGGAAGAAAUCCAUCGGAGAGCUUUGUUCGACUUCCAAACAAGAGAGCAAGCGCAGACUAUUACAAUUCAAUAAGUGAUCCAAUUGACUUCACACAAAUUCAACAGAAAAUUCAUUCCGAAGAAUAUACUACCUUGGAACAACUAUACGAUGAUAUUGAAUUACUCAUCAACAACGCAAAGAGUUUCUAUCGAAAAAAUUCCAGUGAAUGGAAAGAUGCGAAUGAACUAUCGAAAUACUUUUAUUCGAAAACUAAAUCCGAAACCAUCGAUUCUUACUAUUUCGAAGAAUUUUUCACAGCGAUAUACAACGCUCAAAUCGAUGAUCGACCCAUCACUGACAUAUUUCUCUUCCUGCCUUCACGAAAAAUCUAUCCUGAUUACUAUUUAAUAGUAACCAAGCCAAUUGAUCUAAAAAUGAUCGCAAUGAAAAUACAAAACAAUGAGUACUGUACACUUGAUGAUAUGGAGAAUGAUUUGUUACUAAUGAUUGCAAAUGCACGGAAGUACAAUGACCCUAAAUCACAAAUCUACAAAGAUGCUUGCGCUUUGAAAAAGAUCAUAACUAAUGUUCGAAAUGAACUCGAUUCUGCUCUCAAAUCUUCCAAUGAUCGUUUGAGACUUCGUAAACGUGACGUUCUUCUAUCAUCGGAAGUAGCAAAUACGGAAUAUCCUGAAGAGCCUGACGAUGAAGAAAUUCUUCCAUCACAAACCGAUGAUGCUGACUCCGAAACGAGCUCACUUGGCGAUGAAGAUGAUUUGUAUAGAAUUUUGUACAAUGCUGUUCGAUAUUAUAAACUUGGUGCUCAGAGCUUAAUCGAUCCAUUUAUGAAAUUACCGAAUAGGAGAUUUCAUCAAGAUUAUUACGAAGAAAUCCAACGACCGAUAGCAAUGUCUGUUAUUAAAAAUCAUAUCAAAAAAGGAAAAUACACGUAUUUAGAUGAUCUUGUCGAUGAUCUGAAACUGAUGUUUGAUAAUGCGAUGCAGUAUAAUCAAGAAGGAUCGUUAAUUUAUAACAGCGCAAAGAAAUUACUUGAUGUUACUUUACUCAAAGCUCAUGAGCUUGGUUAUGACGAACAGAAACCAAGGAUAAAGGAAGCUUGUACGAAUUUUCCAACGAUCAACGUCAAAGAUGAAUAUCGGGAUUCACCAAGUCCACAAUCACCGAACUCACAACGAGGACGACCACCGAAGAAACCUGUUAUCAAAACGACAGAACAGAACAUUCUCGCGAUUUACACUUACAUUCGAGAAUAUCGAGAAAAUGACGUUGGACUCAUUGCUCCAUUCUUGGAACUUCCAUCUGCGGAAGAAUAUCCUGACUAUUAUGAAACAAUAGAACAGCCGAUUGAUAUGGCUAUGAUCAAAGAAAAGAUUGAUAAGGGAACCUACAAACGUGAACAGGAUAUCAUCGAUGAUCUUAAUCGAAUGUUUAACAACGCUAAAGUCUAUAAUGUCGAUGAAUCCUAUAUAUUCAAAUACGCUGCUCGUCUCGAGCAAGCCUUAGCAACAAAAUUCAAAUCAAUGGUUGUCAAAAAGGAAAAACCAUCGCAACCACUUCCACGAAUAAUCAAUAAACGAUCAUUGAAUUCCUUACAAGAUAAAAUCUCCUAUCUAAUUCAAAUGAUUAAAGCGUAUACAGAUCGUCAUGGACGAACGCUAUCAACAGUAUUUUUGACGUUACCAUCGAAAAUCGACUAUCCGGAUUACUAUGAAAUUAUUCACAAACCGAUCGAUUUGAAACGUAUUGAAUCACGACAUUAUUCCUCGAUUAAUGAGUUGUCCAAUGACUUGAAGUUAAUGUUUGAUAAUGCAUUAUUGUACAAUGAACCGGGUUCCGUGAUCUAUCGCGAUCAAGAUGGGCAAUAUAUUAGCGACUCAUUUUCAGACUUACAAGAACAAGCAGAAAACGAACCAUUUGAUAUUGUCUACACAUUCGAUCUCAUUCGACAAAAUCUUGAUAAAUAUCGAUAUCGUCGUUUGGACACCUUUCAAGACGAUCUGUUCAAAGUAUUUGAGCGUGUGCGCAAAUUAAGUUCUGCUACAUCACCAGUUUAUCAAGAUUCGAUUAAGCUACAACGUAUUUACAUUCGUUUACGUGAUGAUAUCUGUCAACACGGCAGUUUACUUCGAUCACCGGCACUUCUAUUCAAUGAAGAACGAUUUCAAGAAGAACUUGUUCGCGAACGAACGGACAAAAGUUCAACGAUGAAUACGAAUAAUCAGGACAGUAGCGUCUCGCCAGCGAAAUCACCUGAUUCUGAUGAGCAGAAAACUUCGCCAAGCAAAUUAUCAUCGCCGAUCGAGAAAAGUUCCUUGUCCAAAGGCCAAACUUAUUAUCUCGGUGAUUUUGUUUACAUCGAACCAUUCGACGAGUCCAAUGAAUCUGUGAUCGUUUGCAUCGAAUCAUUCGAACGUAAGAAUAACGAGGAAUUCUUCAACGGCAUACAAUUCGUUCGUCCUAAUGAAACCUAUCACACUCCAACACAAAAAUUUCUUCGCCAAGAAGUGUUUCUCACUCAGCCGAUCGAACAUAUUUCUAUGAAUAAGAUUCAAAGCUUGUGCUACGUUCUUCAUGUCAAAGAUUAUUUCAAAUACCAACCAGUCAUUGAUGAAAGCAAUACGCCAUUCGCUGAUCAAGAUGUAUAUGUUUGCGAAUCACGAUACAAUGUGAAGACGAAAAUGUUCAAGAAAAUCAAGUGGUGGAACGUACCGGACAAUAAACGUGUGAAGUUGAUCCAACGAGAAGUUCCGUUGGAGAAUAUACGUAUGCCAUCGACAUUGGUGCAUCAUCGAUCGUCGACAGCGGAUACUGACGUGGCAAAUGUAGACAUUAUUGAUAAAGCAAAAGAAACGGUGUUGUAUGAUGCAGUUAUCAAUGAUAAAUUAAAUGAAAAUUCAUCGAUUCGACGAGAUUUCUACGAACAAAUUGUCUUCUCCUCAAACCGAUUUUACAAAGUUGGCGAUUUCGUCUACGUUAUGAAUGUCGAGAAUAAUAUCAAUAAUGCCUUACAAAAACAAUUUAUCAUUCGAGUGGAUAAGAUUUGGAAAGACAAUGAUUCGUAUCACGUCAGUGGGCCAGUUUUCAUCCAGCCAUCAGAUAUCAAUAAUCGAGAACAAUUAAUCAUCACUUCCAAAUGUUUCUAUGAACGAGAAGUGAUUAAACGCGAUGGUCCGAGUACGCAGGUCUCAUUAAACAAUAUGCGAGGCAAAUGUUCGGUGCUUUCCGUGAAACAUUUCUGCACUCAUCGUCUAACGGAAAUUUCCGAAUCGGAUGUAUUCGUUUGUGAAUCGAAAUAUGUUAGUGAAGAUCAUAGUCUUCGUGGAUUAUCAAAACCAUUGAAAAGAAUAUCGUUAUCUUCGAAAGCAACAGCUGAUGAAAUUUGGACUUUCCGAAAGGAACUUUUACUGAAACAGGAUGCACCUGGUGGCUUAAUGAAACUCGUUGACGAAGGUUCAUCAAUGGAUAUUGAUGAUCAAUCGAGCUCUACUCUCAAUGGUGAUGAUCAUCAUUCCAAUUAUGAGACAAGCAAUAGUGGCUCAAAUCUGAAUUCGUCAUUUUCAAAUCGUUAUAGUAACAAUCGAAAGAGUAAUCGACGUGUGUCAAUAACUCGACCAAUCUCUGGUUAUCUCGUCUUUGCAAGCGAAUCACGAAAACGCUUAGUACGUGACAAUCCAGGCAUUCCAUUUGGCGAUUUGAGUCGGAUUAUUGGUGAUCAGUGGAGGCGUUUGCCUGCGUUGGAACGCGACAAAUACGAAGAAAAAGCUCGCGAACGAGCGAAAGAACAAGAAGCUCACGCUGUUAAUGGUCCGAUUGUUAACGAACCUCCACCGCGUGUAGUCAACGGUCCAAUAACCAUCAAUGGGUAUUAUCCUAAUGUUCAACAACCAAUCAACGGUAUUCUUCCUGUUCUAUUAAAAGCACCUACAGCAGCUCCUGUCAUGAAUGCUCCUCCACGAGUGCAACGCGUGGCACAUUCAGAAACGUAUUCAAGGUAUAUCGAUCAUUUGAAAACUGAUCAUCCAUUUAUAUCCGAUUGGCCAAAACAAAUCAAAGCAUCGAUUGGUAAUAAUGGCCAUACAUCGUCACGACCGUUACCGUCGCAUUGGUUUAUAAAUAAUAGCCCCGGUUUUUACAAUAACACGUACGAAGCACUAUGGUCAAUGCGUGAUAAUAUGUGGUCGGAUGUAGUUCGUGUACGGAAUGUAUCUUCGGAUGAAUGGUAG